AUGGCGUGCUGUCCUGUAAAUGCUUGUUAUCUUGCCGUAGCGGCCAUAGCAUCUGUGCAGUGUCCAUUACCCACAGGUCCGGGCUCCCCUGCACUUAACGGACUCGCCAGUGGUGCUUGUGCUACACUGGGAGGUUCUGUUGCCGUCGCAAAUGCUUGCAACUGUCUUAUCGGUACUAAUGCUCCAGGUGGAUGUGGUUCUGGAUGUAGUGGUACAGCGGGAGUCAGCAUAGGAUAUGCUCUCUACUCACCUCUAUCCAGUCUCGUGGGUGGAGUAGCGAAACUUGCAGGACAAUCCGUAUGCCCAGGGACUACUGGAUACUAUUGUCCCUCUGGCCAAACCUGCAGAACAGGAACUGGACCUGCGCCUUAUUGUUGCAAUGGUACUUAA